UCUGGCACAUUGACUGGCCUCCUCAAAGCCAGUGGUGCUGUGGUUCCUUUCGACUCGUAGAAAAAUCUGGAAAUAGAGAAGAAUGGUAUGGAAGUUCUGAGCAGUGCCAGACAGCUUGGCCAUGCAUAAUUAAACCAGUUAUGAGCAUGAGAUUCUGCCUACAGGAGAGGUCUUUUGCGGCAUAAGGACUCAUCAUUAGCAUUACAAUAGUAUUUCCAACAUAAAAGCUGUAGUUGACUGUCACAGCGGCUGAUCAUGGAGAAAGAGCAGAAGGAAAUCCUGAUCACUCGACGAGUGGAGCUUGUGGAGAACCUCAACAUGGACGGUGGGCUGUUCACCCAGCUGAUGGCCAAGAAAAUUCUCAAUCAACGAACUGUAAAUAACAUAAAGAUGAAGCGUACGCCAGAGGAACAAGCAGAGGAGCUUUUGAACUACCUUCCCAAGAAAGACUGUUUCGAGAGAUUCUGCGAGGCGCUUGAGGCAGAUGACCAGGAGGAGAUUGUGACCAAAUAUCUCAAAGUCCCUUCCAAAACAUCCAACACACCAGCGGUCACGGCUGAGCAGCCCCAGAAUUCAGCGAACACAGUCGCAUCGCCGACAGCUGCCCCCUCCCGAAACUCGAGCCUUCCUGCCGCCUCGGUAGAGACGAUAGACGCAGCAAUACAGCCGCCCUCUGUACAGCCGGUGAACUCCCAACCCACAAUUUCUGUUAUUCGAAUCAAAGAGCCAGAUAACAACCAUUUGUGUAUAGAAUACCAAAACACCUCCGCGUCGCCCCAGAAAAAGAUGCGCCUGGAGGAGAUCACGAACGGUUCUCACGGCUACGAAGAAGACAGCACGCGCUACGUCAAUAAACAUUUCAUAGCCCAGGAGUCGGACAGAUCCCUAUCCUGCAACAACAGUCUGUCCGUGGUUCCCGUUCUCAACCCCCAGUCGGUCGCCCACAACCCAAACGUUUCGGACCCUGUCCGCUACAUGGCGGCAUAUGCCCAACAGACGUCGCAGGGCCCCGCCUCUGCACAGCUGACCAUCACCGGCCAGGCCAGUCUACCACUUGUACCACCACCCUCCAUGUCUUCAGCGUCUCCGAUGACCAACUCACCAGCUCAUAUACCACAGCCAUUCCGUCCCGAUUUGUCUACCGUCCAGCCAUUUCCACAGCUCAGUCGCCAGUCAGAUCCACUGACAAGGUUUCCAAGCAACGAAGCCGGCCACCAGUACAGCCACCCGCAUCAGUACCUGAGCCAGCACGGCCUGCUCCCCCCUUCCCAGAAGCACGCGUCCGUUCCCGCAGCGACCAGCGGCCAGCCUCCUCCUGUGGCCGACUACAACAGUCUCACACACGCCGCCGACGCCGUAGACACAAUGACGAUCAGAAUUCACGGCAGGGAAAUUUCCCAAGUGGACGGGUCGACUCCACCUCAGAAUGGACAAGGGUCCGAGCUGUCGUCAGUGACGCUAAACGCUGCGGCCGGACCUGCCAUCAACCUGUCGGCCCCCCCUCUACCCAUGUCGUCGCUGCCAGCAGCUGCUGCCUCCCCCUCCCCGACCCUCACCCCAACCCUCACCGCCCCGUCACCCGUGGCCGUCCCAGCGCAGCAGAACAUUAGCAUUCCGUCCAACAUCCCCAGCGACAUGGAGCACAUGGACCUGCCCGACGGCUGCGUCAAUGUCAAGGUCGAGCACAGCUCGCGGCAGUUCUUCAUCAACAAUUACAAAAAGUCGUACCCGUUGCACAAAAUUCCCCGCGGCCUGUUCCUCAUCAUCAACGUGGACGAGGUGGAGGGGAAGCCACCCCGUAAAGGCACCAACUUCGACCGCGACAACCUGAUGAAUCUCCUGUGUCAGUUGCACUUUGAGCCGGUCGUCUACAACGACUCAGACGGGCUCUCGGC